GUUUCAGUAAGAAGGCACCAGAACAGUGAUCGCUUCCUCACUGAGACUAACGAAAACAAGCAUGGAUGUGGAUUAUAAAGAAUAUGAAGAUUACACACCAGACAAUGAAACUGAGGACAUCAGCACCACCACAGCUGAAUUCCUGAAUUUCAGCCGCUCUCAUUCUUCGUUGACAUAUGUGCUAGUGGUAUUCAAUAUCCUUAUAACAGUUAUUGGCCUCAUAGGAAAUUCAGUCGUGAUCUGGAUCUGUGGAUGGAAAAUGAAAAGAACGGUCAUCACCACCUGGUACAUCAGUCUGGCUAUUUCAAAUUUUAUGUUCUGUGCAAUUCUGCCCCUGGAGGUUUUCUACAGGAUAACAUCACACUGGCCUUUCGGACUGCUCUUGUGCAAGUUCACCUCCUCCGCCCUGUUUCUCAACAUGUACAGCAGUGUGUUUCUACUGGUUCUGAUCAGCACUGAUCGCUGCGUAAUGAUUCUAUUCCCCAUUUGGUCUCAUAACCACCGGACAGUGAGGAAAGCACUUUUGGUUGUUGUGCUCACUUGGGUCCUUUCUGCACUCCUAACGUUGCCCUCACUGAUCUUCAGACAAACUAUAGUCCAUGGCUCAGUCACUCAGUGCUACACAGGCUACGUGGCCCACUCCAGACACAAGGCAGUUGCCCUGACUCGAUUCAUCAUCGGGUUCCUGAUUCCGUUCGUGAUGAUUGUCGUCUGCUGCUCCGUACUCGGUGUGAAGCUCCAAACUUUGACCGUCAAGUCAACAAAGCCGUACAAAGUCAUGGUGGCGCUCAUCUUGUCGUUUUUCUUCUGCUGGGUCCCCUACCACACCUUUGUUCUUCUGGAGUUGGACGUCAAGAACUACAGCCUGGAGGGUAUUCAAACUGGACUGAAGGUGGGAGCCACGCUGGCCGCAGCAAACUGCCUCAUAUCCCCGGCUCUGUACAUCUUCGUUGGUAACGACUUUAAACAAACCCUCAAGAGGUCUUUGACAUCAAGGAUAGAGGAGGCAAUGGCGGAGGAUUUUCGUACAGUGGGUCUCAAUCAUUCAAGGUCUAAGUCAAUGGAAGUGAUCAAAAGCUAGAUGGCACUGUGCAGAGCGUAUUCCUCCGCCAAGGCCUAAUAUUCUGGAUCCAGAUAUUUACUGGAUCUGCACCAAAUUCGACAAACUCAUAGAUAUCAGUCCCCAAUUUAUGCCUUAUUCUGUCAGAUGAUUGGCUAUUGAUUUGUUCAAGACAUUCAUUUUGUCUUUCAACUUUUUAAAGAAAAUCUUCACAUUCAGAUGUUUUUUUUUUCUAAGAUUUUUUUAUGUCUACGACUGAAUUUCUUUUGUUUCAUUAUGUUUG